AAAAUCCCAUCCUUCCCCAAACCAUCUCUCAAAGCAUCCCCCGCGAGAGCUGUGCGCCCUCCCCCCUCUGGUUAUGCUACCCCCGAUUCUCGGCGUCCCUCUGGGCCUCCGCCCCUCUCCUCCUCUCGGCUUCCCCCGCCCGAGAUUCUUCCGGUACCGCCGCCUGAGGUAAACAUCCCUCACCCUCUAGUCAUCACCAACUGGAAGGAAGAACAAGAAUUCAACAAUAAGACGAAGAAUAUAAAGAUCAAGGGAGAGGGAUAUCGAUUGAGAAGAUAAGGCAGAAAGCAAGGGCAAUCGAGCGACGUGGAGUAAGAACCAGAGAUGCCGUCUCCCAGGCCUUCCCGACGCGACGACAAGGGGAAGAGGGCGGCUUCCUUCCACGGCCGCAUUCCCUCCGACGCCCGGGAACCCUCUGCCGUUCUCCGCCGCCCAAAGACCCAACCGGAGCUGUUUGGCUCCGGCCGACCGGAGAGCCGACCGGCAGAAGAGUUCCAGUGUCCUCCUCGCCCCACGAAACUCCUGCUCAACGUCACCGUUCAGCGCAGCUUGGGCCCAAUCCAUAUCAUCAUCUCGAUGGAUUCCACCGUGCAGGACCUGAUCGCUGCCACGCUUAGGCAGUACGCCAAGGAAGGAAGGAGGCCGAUCCUGUCCUCGACGGAUGCGGCAGCGUUUGACCUCCAUUAUUCGCAGUUCAGCCUCGAGAGAUUGAACCCUGAGGAGAAGCUGAUCGGUCUGGGAUCCCGGAACUUCUUCUUGUGCCCGAAGCCGCUGACGGCGACCGCCACGACGUGUAGCGACGAGGCGGAGAAGGCGGGCACCAUGACCUCUCCAUGGUUCCUCAAGUUGAUGGAUUUCCUGCGGUGAAUUUAUCGGCUUCUUCUUUUCAUUUUUAUGUUGUUACCCCUACGGAAUGUAAAGCGAUCAGAAGGUGCCGUUUCCCCCUGCGUCUGCGGUUUGCAAAUAAUUUACACGAUGCUUCAGAAUCAUUGAUUGGAGACGGAAGGAUCAUCUCCAUUCAUCGGAUGAAAACGGAACCUCGCGCACGACAAGGGUCUGAAGGUGUUGUUAUUAUAUGGUUAUUGUCAUUUGAAAGUGAAUAAUGAAUAUUUUAAUGAUUUUAUUA